AAGUUUGGUUGUAGAGACACCGGCUACUUAUCCUUGCGUACGGAGUGCCCUUGAGGGCUUCUUGACACGAGAGCGCUGACAGAGGCGGGAGCGGCUGGCAGUGAGAUACUCAUAAUGGGAGACAUUGAAAAGGGCAAGAAGAUCUUUGUUCAGAAGUGUUCGCAGUGCCAUACAGUUGAAAAAGGAGGCAAGCACAAGACUGGUCCAAAUCUACAUGGGCUGCUUGGCCGAAAGACUGGUCAAGCUGAAGGCUUUUCAUACACGGAAGCCAACAAAAGCAAAGGAAUAAUCUGGGGAGAAGAUACACUGAUGGAAUACUUGGAAAACCCCAAGAAGUAUAUUCCGGGAACUAAGAUGAUAUUUGCUGGCAUUAAGAAGAAGGGGGAGAGGGCGGAUUUAAUAGCAUACCUUAAGGAUGCCACUUCUAAUUAAUGGUCAUCCGCUGCCUUAUUUAUUUUACCAAACAAAUGGAAAUGACUCUCUGCGAUGAGAUUGGUUUUUAAACCUUCUAUUUUUACAUACAUUGUAUCUACAAAAUCUUUCUCGUCAGCUAGAGAACUUUGAUCAUGGAUGGUUGUUCAAACAUAUUUUCCUGUGUCAUAAUUUAUAGAAAUGUAUUAUUGGGCUUGACUGAAUACAGUUAAGAUGGCUGUCUGAAAUGUUCCCUGAUCAUGUAAUUAAAAAAAAAACCCUCAA